AUGUCGUACGACCUUAAGACAGCUGAAGCCGCGGCGUACGCCCCAUUCUUCGGUUACAUGGGUGCUGCCUCUGCGCAGAUCUUCACCGUUCUCGGCGCAGCUUAUGGAACGGCAAAGUCGGCUGUCGGAAUCUGCUCAAUGGGAGUGAUGCGACCUGAGCUCAUCAUGAAGUCCGUUAUCCCAGUUAUUAUGGCUGGUGAGUUUCAAUUCCAACUUUGACCGUUACUUUAUAAUUUCGCUUAUAUCAUUGUUUUUUCAGGUAUCAUCGGUAUCUACGGUUUAGUCGUGGCAAUGGUGUUGAAAGGCAAAGUUAUGGCUUCUUCCGACGGGUACAAUCUUAACAAAGGCUUCGCUCACUUGGCCGCCGGUCUCACCUGUGGUCUCUGCGGUCUUGGAGCCGGAUACGCCAUCGGAAUCGUUGGUGAUGCUGGCGUCCGUGGUACUGCUCAACAGCCAAGACUUUUCGUCGGAAUGAUUCUCAUUCUCAUUUUUCUCUGAAGUGAGUUUGAAAUUUUAAUGUAAAUUUUUGAUUGGUAAAUCAUGAAAUAAAAAAAUUACUAUGGGUUGAAUAGUAACACAUAGGCAGAAAAAAAAUAAUUUUUUUCAAUAAGGGGGGUUUUUUUCAUAAAAGAAAGUUAAAAACCGUCACGCUGAAUGGAGGAAUGUAUAGAAGUUUAUGCCAAAAUAUGCGUCAGAGAGAGAAAAAAGAUAAUUAAAACUUUGGAGAGUCAGAUAGUUUUGCAUUCCGCGGAAAUUACUUUGAACACGGCAUUAACUCUGAUCAAACUUUUAAUGAUGAUAAUUUUUCAAGUAGUAGAAUAUUUUCGUCUUACAUAUGCUGAUUUCCGAUUUUAUACAUUCUCGAUUCUUAUACAAAAGAAGUAAUAGGAGGUUUUUUUUAAUUAUCUUUUUGUCACGACUUUUUUACCCAUAUUAUGUUGUAAAUUUUGAAAGUUGUUUUAUUUUCGAAAUUUUCUUCGCUUAUUCGUGAGUAACACUGGUCUCAAAUUAUCGAAGAAUAAAAUUUUGAGUCUUAAGAAAAAUUUUAAGCAAAUAACAGAUCUAUUUAGGCCGAAGUAUGAAAUUCUUUAGCCUAAAUAUGAAAUUUUCCAUUUCCAGGUCUUGGGACUUUACGGUAUGA